AGUCCUCCAUGGGCCGAAGUAAGAGCAUCAUGGUACGCGUAUAGAUCAUGGUUUAUGUUUUCGAUUUAUUUUUAGGUUAUACGCGUUUGCACACGUGCAUCGUUAAUCGUAACGUGUAUUAGAGCAAUUGAGCGUUGAUAAAAUGUAAGUUUAUAAUAAAGUAAUAAGAUUUGAAUAAAAUAUAAACAUGUCUACGAAUAAGAUAAAAUUAAAUGAAGAAAUUGAACCAAAAAUGAAAAUGUGUGUGAGCAAUACGGAAUUGAAUGAAGAAAUUGAACCAAUAUUAAAAAAUUUCCAUGAAUUUGAGUUGGAUGACAGGAUACUAAAGGCUAUUACAAAACUAGGCUGGAUGGAACCUACAUUAAUACAAGAGAAAGCGAUACCUUUGUUACUGGAAGGAAAGGAUCUCUUGAUUAGAGCUCGUACAGGUUCGGGCAAAACUGCCGCCUUUUCAGUACCGCUUAUUCAGAAAAUACUGAUGAACAAACGAACACAAAAAAAACAGGAGAUUAAGGGCCUAAUUAUUGCACCUAGUAAGGAAUUAUGCAAGCAAAUUCUUAAUGUUAUCGUGAGCCUAACUACAAAGUGCUGCAGAGAAGUUAGAGUAGUUGAUCUUAGUCUACAAACGGAUUUAAACGCACAAAAACUUUUAUUAAGCGAAAUGCCAGAUAUUGUUGUGGCUACUCCAGGUCGAAUAUUACAGCAUUUAAAAACAAAAAAUUUGAUGCUGAAACAUAGUCUUGACACAUUAAUCAUUGAUGAAGCUGAUUUGCUAUUUUCAUUUGGAUAUGAAAAAGACUUAAAAGCUGUAUUAGCUUAUUUACCAACGGCAUAUCAAGCAGUUUUGGCAUCUGCCACAUUGUCUGAGGACGUUCUAACUUUAAAAAAAUUAAUUCUUCACAAUCCUGCAAUUUUAAAGCUAGAAGAGCCACCAUUAGCUCCUCCUACACAAUUGGCUCACUAUACUUUGGCUGCAGAGGAAAAUGAUAAAGCUGCCAUUUUAUAUGCCUUAUUGAAAUUACAUUUAAUUAGGGGAAAAUGUAUAAUCUUUGUACACACUGUAGAUAGAUGCUACAAAUUGAAAUUGUUCUUAGAGCAGUUUGGUAUUCCAACUUGUGUUUUAAAUUCCGAGUUACCAGCGACUUCGAGGUGUAGAGCGGUCUCCCAGUUUAACAGUGGCACUUAUGACAUUAUAAUAGCAUCGGAUGAGAAAAUGUUGGAAGAGCCGCAUGUGAUAAAAAUGAAAAAGAGCAAACGAAAAAAAGACCAGGAAUCGGGUGUAGCACGCGGCAUCGAUUUCCAAUUCGUAUCUAAUGUAAUCAACUUUGAUUUCCCAUUAGAUUUAAAUUGUUACAUACACAGAGUAGAACGUACUGCUCGUGGAAAGAAUCAAGGAACUGUUUCUUGUAAAGU